GAGGCCAAGUACCAGUACAUUGCGCGAAGUCCUGUCUUGAGUCAGUUCUUGAACGUUAAGUCGUGAAAAGAUACGUGAUGAGUGACAGCAGGGGUCCGACACGCGGUCGCGGGCACACGGAGAUAACAGUGCGGGACCUGUACGGCCCCUGGUUCCCAACGUGCUGCGUGAAGUGCGCCGAGAGGGGGCAGGGUUUACCCUGGAAAACCAAGUAUGCCAUAGCCUCUGUCGUGGUGGCGCUGAACGUGCUGCUUGUGGCGGUACUGUUCCGUUAUGUGGGGCACGGGGACACUCAGGUGGUCAUGUCUCCUGGUGACAUACUCUUAAUGACCGACAAUGUUGACACGACGUUCUGCGCCGCCCAGACUUUGACCUCAGCUGGGGGGAACACUUUCCAGGCCUCCGUGUUUCCCGACACCCCGCCGCUGAACCCCCACGCCACGGAAUUCUCACUCCAGUACACACUAAGUAUCCCUCCAAGGGACUACGUGUACUGGUUAUACCACCGAGUACCUGGUUCAAGCCAGUCGAAGAUCACUUUACACACCUGUCUUACAGCACUGGAAGCAGACCUCUACAUUAUAGACGAUAAAGACGCUUUUGAUCACUGGAAGUCAGAUGUCGACUGUGAUUGGUGCACUGUGGAAGACAGACACUAUGAUUCUUCUUCCUGUGACCCAUCGGAUCCUUACAAAACAUGGCCGUCCUUGACGAGCAGUCUUUUCUCUGAGGACACAUAUAUCGCGUAUUAUAACCCUCAACAGAUCCAUAACGUGACGUUGAGUACUAGACUUGUUAUCAAAAAGCAGAAUUUCAGCGGUGUGCCAAAAGAAAGCUGUUCAGACAGUACUUGUUCUCUUGAGCUAUCCUACAAGAGCAAGGAGGUCGUUCUAGUUGAGAUCCCGUUUCAAGGGACUUACAAUAACGUCGUAUCCGAAACCAUCACCUCUAGAUGCGUUCCUCGCAUAAGUGCCCACAUUGUGUACUUUCUGUGUCUUCCCCUGGGGGUUUGGGUAACGUUCUCCGCCUUUGUACUUUGUCUGAUGAAAAUUAACGACAAUAUCAUUCGCACCACAGAAAAUGCGGAUAACGCCAGGGUAUUCAGUAGGAUGUCUAACGAAGAGGGUUCAGAAAGAAUCAGACUAGUCGAGGACAGAGAUAUGAGUCGUCCCCCUAGAGUUGCUCGCGCGUACGGGCGUCACCGAGGGUCAAAUGACCGGUCUCCUUCGAAUUCCUCUCCGGUCCCACCCCCUCCCAGCUACCAGGACGUUGUAGGGCAGCCGCUACCAGAAACAGGGAGGGCGGAGAGCACAGGGCCUCCUAGCUACGAGGAGUGUAUGACCAAGUAGAAAUACAUCAUACAUACAUUUGUUUGUUGUCUUAAAGGCAUCCAAUGCAAUUUCAUGGCGGUAAAACUGGAGACAUUCUGGCUAAGACAAUCUCUAUGAUAUUGACACAUACUGCCUCAAAUAUGCACUUUGAAUCAGUACAGUAAUACUAGUAUUUCAGACAUUUAAAACUGCAGAAACAAGUCCCAGGAUUUUCUGCGUGGUACCUUAAAAAUCAUCUCUGGAUCCUUUCAUUACUAGUAACUGUUUUUCGUCACAAUUUAAUUGGGAAUUUUGCCUCUUGUAUGUCUGUAUACAUUGAGAUAGUGCUAUUUCAACUUAGUAUAUGUACAUAAGUGACUAGAAUACUAUAGUUAAUUUGAAAAAUCUGGUAUCCAAGCCCUAACAACCACAUUGGAUGCCCUUAAGCACAGUGCCGGAUGCUGUUCUAAGGGACCUAUCUACAUAUGUAGUGACUAUGAUGAUCUUACGCACAUAACGUGUAACGUUACAUAAUGUCAUUACAUGUGAUGCUACUCUCACGUAGACAAUUGUGU